CCUCACACACGCGAAAGGAGAAAGUCGGAUUUUGCGCUCUUGCUUGUUUCUGGAUUUAAAAGUCAUCAUGAGACUGACCCUUAUUUUGGCCCUGGCUUUGGUGGUGGCUGCGGCGUCGGGCCUUCCGCAGGGGUGCCGCAACCCGCGCGGCUGCCGCAGUGUUAGGCCGACCGGCAGGCCCUUCCGAGCCCCCGUGGGCGCCCUCAGGUCCCCCGCGAGACCUCCCAGGACCCAGGCGGCGGCAGUGAGACGCCCCGCGAAGAGGCCAACGCCCGCCGCUGCUCCUGCCGCGGCGCCGUCGGCGGAGCUGGCCGCGGCGCCCCUGAGCGAGGACCAGUUCGACGUGAAGCCGCAGGUGGGCGUGGACGGGUGGCUGGCGUCGCCGAAGAGGACGACACAGCCGGCCAUCGAGGCCAGGACGGAGCCGCCCUCCAAGGCCGACAAGCCCGGCAGCUGCGACACGCCCAAGGGCUUCGGGAUCAAGUGCAUGACGCGGCUGGACCAGUGCACGAAGGACCACGAGUGCCCCGGGUCCACCAAGUGCUGCAUGGUCGGGGAGUGCGGAUACCUCUGCGUCAAGCCGAAGCUGACCUCCAGCGAACCGAAGGAGGCGGCGAAGGAAGACCCGAAGAGCGAGGCGAAGAAGAACAAAGAGAAGGACGAGGAAGAAGAACAGAAGAACGAAGGAGAAGGAGAAGGAGAAGAAGAAGGAGAGGACCAGAGGAACGGAGAAGAACAAGAGGGAGAGAGGACGACGACCCUGUCUCCUCCUGAAGGUGGAUCGGAAGAGAGACAGAACGGAAGCAACGAAAAGGUGGAAGGGAGAGAACAGAUCGGCGAAGAAAGCGAAGAAGGAGAAGAGGCAACAACGGAGAAGACAGACGUUGAUCAGAAGGAGAAAUCGGGAGAAGAGGAAGAAAAGGAAGUGAAGGAAGGAGAGAUUGAGGGUAAAGAGGAAGGGAAAGAAGGGGAAAAAGAAGAAACAGAGAACCAGAAGGCAGCGGAGGACGUGACCACGACAGCGCCUUCAGAAGGAGAGGAAGCGACGGAGGCACCGAGCCAGGAGGAGGAAAAGGAGGAGGAAAAGGAGGAGGAAAAGGAAGGGGAAAAGGCGUAAAGGAAUAGAUACAAUCAAAAAAUUUACGCCCCGUUUUCUUGUUAACUAAUGCUGUUCGUUUCAUCCUGUUGUAAGUGUAUGUUCGCUGUUUAAUUCAUAACGUUUUCGAAGCUAAGGAAACAUACAGACACACACACACACACACACACACACACACACACACACACACACACACACACACACACACACACACACACACACACACACACACACAACCCCCUUCCCGCCCACCCCACACACAACCCCCCACUCCCCCACACAACACCCCCACCCCACCCCCACCCUCCCACACAUCCCUCCCCUACAAUAAAAAAACAAAAACAAAAUAAAAAACAAAAACAAAAGCAAAACCACACCCUCAACAUUCCUUUCAAAAAAUGGCUACUUCCUCAGGAGAGAGAAGGCAGGUCCUCCUUGUCUCCUAAGCUCAGGCAUUCUUUUGGCACUCGAUGGACGCGAGGCACUCUCUGGACUUCAAAUGUUAACCACAAUUUUUGCUGUAAAUAUAUAUAUUUUCUUGGCCGUUUUUUAUUUUUUUUUUGGCCCUAAUAAACUAUUGUUUAAAAUGA